UUUCACUCCCCAUUCUUCUUCAAUUGUAUUUGUAAUAAUACCCUUCCACUCCCCUAGUCCUAGGAAUUAACUUGCUCCUAUUAAUACCUCUAAAUCAUUUCCUUAUUCUACACACACUUCUUUAUCUGCAUCUAAUUCAAUAUACAACACUGAAACUUUCAAAGCUCUUUUGAGAACUUGUUAUUGCAAUGGCUGACAUAGAUCGCUCCUUUGAUAAUAAUGUUUCUGCUGUUUCUACUGAGAAAUCAAGCCAAGUUUCAGAUGUUGAAUUUUCUGAAGCUGAGGAAAUCCUUAUUGCCAUGGUGUAUAAUCUGGUUGGGGAGAGGUGGUCUUUGAUUGCUGGAAGAAUUCCUGGAAGAACUGCAGAAGAGAUAGAGAAAUAUUGGACUUCAAGAUUUUCGACUAGCCAAUGAUCGGUGGCAGAAAACGAAGCAAGGAAAUUUUUGGUGCCUACAAGUCAUUACAGUGACUUUGUGGGGAUAUGAAAUGGAAAUUGAUCCUAUUAAUCAUAUGGGUACUUAUAUUUGCAUUUUGCGGUAACCAACAAAAAGGGGCAUGCCAUUCUAAAAACCCUUAUGUGUAAUGUUACUUAAUUUUAUCUUUGUAAUGUUCCCAAGUGUUUUAGGCAAUCUAUGAUUCAGAUCUGUUCGAUCAUGGCAAGAACAGUAUGUACUUAAUUAAUGCAGAUCACCUGCAUGUGCAUGUGUAUUUCUGGUUCAUUUAGCCUUCUUGCUAAUGGUUACAACUAGCUUUGCCUUGGCCUAUAGCAUUGGAUUUGGAAGCGGAUUUUUUCUUUGCAUGUAUACACAUACAUUAAGUGUAUUCGUAAGGCAUCUUUAUUUUUUGUGUA